AAAUUGGCAGAUUCGGAACACUAUUUGAUAAUAUAAGCAAAAUCUGUAAAAUGUGUAUACCCUAAAUUUUAGAAAAAAAGUCGGCUCACAAUAACUAGAAAUUGUAUGGCGGAAAUCGGCUAGCUUAAAGGCCAAGGAAUCAAUAACACAUUUAACAUAUAAUCAAAAUAUUUUAAGUUGAAGUAAUUUUAUUUUAUAAAAGGGAUUUUUUAUACAAAUAAAAAGGUAAUAACAAAAAACUUAUGGAAUCGUUCGACGGAUUAACCGAAAGUAAAUUUGAAGACGAUAUGAGUCAAUUAGACACAAACAAAGACGAAAAUAAACCAGAAAAUUUCGAAAUAUCGUCUUUCGAAGGAAUCUCAUCCUAUGAUGAGAAUACCAAGGUCAGUGAGAGAAUUACGGGCAGCAGUAGUUCGAUGGUAGGGGGAAUAAGUGAAGAAUCCCUCAAAAUCGAACCAAUGGCGGGAGAUUAUCAAUUUGAUGAUAAUCAAGGCUGUGAUUGGUCAUUUGGCAUCAGCCCGAACGUUAACACAACCAGAACCCAUGAAGAAGGCAGCGGUUAUACACUUGGAACUGAAGAUGAGGAAACUCUUAAGGGAACCUCAGAUAGUCCCGACCUGGCAAAUUUAACACCAGAUCCAGAAAAAAUCUGGCCGGAUUUUAAAAAUUCGACACCAGAUGAGGAGAGAUCUGAAAAUGAGUCAGAAUCUGAAAUGAAGAAAUUAAUAGUUUCAGAAUAUUCAGGGUCGGAAAUAUCCAAAUCAAAGCCAGAAAGUGGUAUUGAGGAUCUUAGUAGUGAAAAUGAGGAAAAAAAGUUGACAAUCUCAAAUCAGGAGGAUGAACAGGAAAGUUACGGAAAUGUUGAAGUUGAAGAGGAGUCUGAAGUAAGCAGUUCAAAUGGAAGUUGGAUCAAUGAAGAUGAGGAAAUUUUAGAUGAUGAGGAAAUAUCAAAUUAUCAAGAUGCCCAAUCUUUGGCAACCUAUAACGACAGUAACAUCGAAAACAAAGAAUUCAAUGUGGUUGAGGUCACAGAAAGGACCUCUCCUGCAAGUCAAAUUGGUGAUAGUAACGGAUCAAAAACUAAAACGCAACCAGAGGUGACAGUUUCAAGCCCUGCAGUAACUUAUCACAGCCCUGAAAACGAAUUUUCAAGUCCAGUUGAUGAAGAUUACGAGAAGACUAGCUCAUUCAACUCAUACCAGUAUAAUGCAUUUGAUCCAGAAUUGGAGAUAGUUGAUCCGAAACCAGAUGUCCUUCAACCUGAUGCUGAUAUGGACGAUGAUAUGAAAUCAGCUAAAAAUGGCCCAUUGAACAGGAAUAUUGUGUGUUACAAGAGAGAAAAUUCAAUUUCCGUCAUUUCCAGUAACAACUCAUGCAAGCACAUGGAUAAGGACUGUAAAUGUAAUGGUAAAAAGGGAGAUAAAUGGGAGGAAAGUGAGGUUAAUUCCAGUACUACAAUUGAGAUUGAGGAGGGAGAAGUUGAUACAAAGCUUACUAGAGGAAGGAAGGCAAUUCAGAAGUUCAACAAGUUCUUUUCAGCCAUCAAGUGGGCUCUGAUCAGAAGUUCUUUGAUAUUGCUGCUUUUCUUCUGGCUCAUAUCGAUGAUUUAUGGGUCACUUAGUCUCAGUUCCAAUGACUGGUUGGUGAACACGGUUGCCUACAAAUGCGGUGAAAUCUCAGGCCACAGUUACACAUUCUUAGGGCCUUAUGGACUCAGUAGAAAGGACAUUGCAUAUCUGAAGGAUGGAGCUAAAUUAACACUCACCAGGGGUCUAGUGUACUACAAUGAAAUCAUUAACAAGGGUUACAAAGACCCAGAAGGAGACACUUCAUGCCCUGAAGAUGGAGACGAUAAACCAAAACCUACAACAUCAACUCCAGCUCAUGGUGGUAAAAAGCUUGAGGAUGAUGCAUGUGAACUUCCAGCAGACCUAACAUUGACCAGAGAUGGCGAUCACGUGUUAUCAUCAGAUGAAGAGAAGGCUAGGAAGAUAAUAACGAGCACUAACGAGAAGAUUAACAUCUACAGCCAGUGCGGGCAUGAAAGGAAAUUCAUUAGGAAGUCGUGCUGUUUCAGAGACAUGUGCGCUGUAGGGAACUUAAACGAGAGUGACACGAGCUACUUCAAGUCGCUGUACGGGCCAACAGUGUACGACAUCCACUACAGUGAGUUUGAGAACUUUGACAAGGGCGGAAAGACGCUUUGGUACACGGGAAUCGUAUCUAUGGUGUUUCUGUUUCUCGCCAUUAUUAUGGUCUCAGAAAGAAUAAUGACCAACAAAGUCGAACUCACAAUAAGACUCGCCAUGAGAAACAUGGCCAACAUCCUGUGGAUAAUCAGCGUCUUCCUCUCCGUCACCGCCUUCUUCCUCUGGCGGUAUUUCUCUGGUGGCUCAGUCUGCGUCGAUGAACUCGGAAAAUCUAGGCCCUGCCAAUACUACUAUGCAACCUACUUUUACAUUGUACACAUCCUGUCAAGCUUACUAGGACUGGUUUCAUACGCUGCUAAUUGCAUCGCUGGCUCACGCAGAAUCAACGAAAUCCACCGAAUCUAAGUUUCUGGGUUCCUUCACGGUGAUUUCUUCUUUUCAAAUUAUCCACACCAUUAUCUAUUCAGGUUAAUUUCCACGGGAUUUUAAAGAACUUUCAACAAUCAAAUUUAUAUACAAUCAAUU